AUGAAACUUUUACGUCAUAUCUUCCGUCCAUUACUUGGUAUCUUCUUUGGUAUAGUACUUCUGUUAACAUCAUUUGUUGGUGAUUCAGUGAUUAUGCUUAUCAUACCAAUUCUUUUCCUCAAUCGUCAUCAUCAAUGGCGUUUAUUAAUUGAUCGUGCUAUCAGUUUCUGGAUUAUUAUUCCUAUUACUUUUUUGGAAUACAUAUUUGGUAUGAAAUUCACGGUAACAGGUGAUACAAUUGAUUAUAAUUCUCCAGCAGUGAUAAUAAUGAAUCAUCGGACGAGACUUGAUUGGAUGUAUUUUUGGGCGGCAUUAUUUAAGAUGAAUCCAUGGCUGUUGAUUAGCUCAAAAAUUGCUUUAAAAGCUGAACUUCGCCAUAUUCCAGGAGCAGGUUUUGGAAUGGAAGCAAAUCAAUUCAUUUUUUUGGAUCGUAAAAUAAAAACGGAUAAGGAACGGAUCUCGGAAGCAAUUCACUAUUAUGCAUCUGUUGGAAGAAAUUAUCAGAUAUUAUUAUUUCCUGAAGGAACAGAUAAAACGCCCAGUACAACGAUGAAAAGUAAUGCGUAUGCAAAAAAGAAUGGUUUAAAACAAUUGAAUAAUUUGAUUUAUCCUCAUUCAGCUGGAUUUAUUCAUCUUAUCAAUGAGAUGAGACGACACAAUUACAUCGAAUGCAUUUAUGAUGUAACUAUUGCUUAUCCGGUAAAUAUUGUCCAGUCCGAAGUUACCCUUAUCUUAACUGGUCGUACACCAAAGAAAGUAUUAUUUCAUAUUGAACGAAUCGAUCUAUCAUGUUUACCGCUUAAAGAUCAUGAUAUUGCUCAAUGGAUUAAUGAAUUAUGGAUUGCGAAGGAUGAGAAAUUAGAUUUGUUUUAUUCACAGCAACCACCACGCAUACAUUUCCCAAAUGACAAGAAUAAAUUUAUAUGGGAGGAAGAUAAUCCACUUCAGAAAACAGUCAAGUUAUUUACGCUCUGUUUCUGGUUAUCAAUGACUACUUGUUGGUUCUAUCAUCUGACAUUUUUACGAUUCGUUCAGGUGCUUUUUGGAUAUUUCAUUCUUGCAUAUGCUUAUAUAUAUGGUAAAUAUGGUGGUAUUCAACGAAUGGCAUAUAUCAAAUGGUGCCAUGCCAUGGAGGCGAAAACAGUUCAUUGGUGA